AUGGCACGUAAAGUAUUCCUCGAUAUUGCAAUUGGCGACAUUCCAUCCUACGAGGACGCACUCAAACGCUAUAACAGCGCAAAAUCAUGGGUCAAGCAAUGGCACAGUACCUAUGGAUUUGCCAGCGACGACCUCGAUCAGCUUUCAGCAGAGGAAAAAGAAACACUCACCGACAUUUUAUCCAAUGACCCAACUGCAAGCAGCGAGAAGUGGAUUGUGGAUGCACCUACAGCAUUAGCCGGUGGUCGAGUGGUAAUUGAGUUGUUUGAUAAAGAUUGCCCCAAGACCAGCGAGAACUUUGCUCAGCUUUGCGUGGGUGGUAAAGUAGGUAAAAGCUCAAAGAAACCGUUGCAUUACAAGGACACACGCAUGUUUCGUCUAGUCAACGAUUUCAUGGUUCAGGGAGGCGAUGUUACCCGAGGGGAUGGUUCUGGUGGCGACAGUAUUUACAAUGGCAAAUUCAACGAUGAAAAGCCUGGCCUGGCAAAAAAGUUCAAUGCAACUGGUCUGGUCGCUAUGGCCAACUCUGGCAAAAACUCCAACACAUCUCAAUUCUUCAUCACACUCAGCGACACACACCCUCAGUUUGACAAGAUCAAUGGCAAAUACGUGAUCUUUGGUCAAGUUGUCGAGGGUAGCCUGGACGUAUUGAAAUCCAUCAAUGCGGUAUCCCAGCUCAAAGAGCAACCACAAACUCCCAUUACCAUUACACACUGUGGACAACUAUAG